AUGGUUUUUCUCUCAAGCCUCGUUGUCGGCUCAACCUUGUCUCCCAAUCUCGAUAUCCUCUCUCGCUACGCCGGCCUCUCCCCUCCCUCCCCGCUCGAGACGCUCAAAACUCCUUCGCCGGUCGACUAUGAAGCCUCCACAACCGCUGAACAUCGUAAUGCUGCACGCGCAUUGCUCGUGAGAGCACGUACAAACGAUGCAGGCUACCGUCCGCCAGACCAACAAAAGAGACAUCUCUUGCGCGUACCGAGCCGAAGAAACUUGAAGCUGAAUGAAGAAAGAUGGACUUUUACGAAACAUGAGGUCGGAAAAGCUUUGAAUGAGCUCCUCUCGGCGGGCCCAUUGCCUGAUGUGCAGGUAGCGCAUGCAGUGCUUGCUUCUGUGCACAUUGACUCGCUGGAUGAGCUGUGGGAGCACUUCCAAGACAGCAAAUUACAAAAGAGGCAAUCCAGCAUCUUUCGUCGCUCAACGUCUUCAAACAAUGGAUUAUCUAAUUGGUUGGGCAUUGUCACGGAUCAGGAAAACAUACCGUAUAUCCAUCUGCUGUGCCAGUUUGGCGCAGGACCGAAUUUGUUGAAUCAAGCCUUUGUGAUUGCGCUCGCCAGACGCGACAUUGUCUCAAUGAAGCUUCUCCUAAGCUUUGGAGCGUGUAUCUUGCCCAUGUGCAAAGAUUAUGUGCGACUAUUUGUUGCGAAGAGCGACGUCGACGUUGUAAAGCUUUUGCUUCCGGCUUCAAAGGGUAUGAAUGUCGAGGACUGGCAAUACUCCCUGGGAGCAAAUAUUGAAGGAGCUCCCCGUGGCAUAUACGAGACAAGCAUUCUGCUUCAAUGCAUUCAUCACCGGCCAGACAUUGCAACCGGGGCAUAUCUUCUCAAAGCCAUCGAUGCGAACAAUGUUGCCGCUGUGGCUGUGCUUCUUUCCUACCUGACUACUCGAACCUCCAUGAUGCCUCCGAUGUUUUCCGUUCAGAACUUCAGUGCUGCAUAUUUCUUAAGCACGACAGGAAAUGGAGUCGAGCAUGAAGAUGUUGCCAUACAGGCAUGCGAGCGCAUCUCGGGAAAAUCCGAUUACGAGACAAGAUAUACGCUCUAUUGCCUCCUCGAUGAAACAAAUCUUCUGAGAGACGUGCAGGCCCUUCGGCAAGAGAUGUCUUACAGCGUCGUGGCGAAAAGAACCUCUAUGAUCAACCUCCUGAUCAAAGCCGGAGUGCGCCCAUCCAUCGAACAGGCUGUGUCUAUGAUGGACUUUUCCAUCCUCGAGAUAAUGCUUUCCGCCAGCAGAAAAAGAGACGACGUUCCAAACCUGCUUUCACUUGUUCCAUAUGACACUUCAGAGGACGACAUGCUUCGUUUUCUGGGUAUGUUGGCUGCGAACGACUUACGCUUUGGAGGACAACCACUGGAUCAAAAGUUUAUCGAAGCUAUUUCCAAAAGGCAUCAUCGUGCUGUUGAUGUAUUCCAGAGAAUCGGUGCAAGCAUCACGUACAAGGCUACCCAAAUGGCUCUCGGCUCUGCUGAUGUCGAGAUGCUGGGGAUCCUACUACAAGGAGAUAUCAGUGACGACGAGCUUUCUCCUGCACUAUCAGACGCAAUGAAAAUUACAGAUCCAGCAAUUCGAUGCAUGGCUGUCAAAAUGCUCGCUGAUAAAGGCAUAUGGAAAGAAGCUCUUCUUGAACAACUAUGUCUUAUCAUUCAAUCCCCCGACCCCGACCUGGAGCUCCUCAAGGUUAUACUCCAAUACCAGUUACCACUGCAUGGAGAAGAGGGCAGAUUGAAUAUAAUUCACCUCGCCAUUCACAAAGCAUCUCUCCCAGUGAUAGAGCUCCUCUGGAGGUCCUUUCCCCACACAGCGUCCCUAUCAGAAGCCCUGCCCAAGGCCUUUUCGCGCAUCGCAGAAAACGGCGGCAAUCUCACCUACGAUAUCAUACAAUUCCUUCUCAAGAAUGGCACGAGAGGAAUGGGUCUUGACAAGACACUCCUGAUAGCUGCUGGAUCCAAGAGCCCUCGUGCAUUGAAUAUUAUCCGUUUGUUGGUCAAGCAUGGUGCAGAUGCAAACUAUAACCAGGGCAAUGCUUACGCAGCUGCAUUGAAUGACUACGCUAGGCUCGAAAUUCUAUGCAAAGCUUGUUCGGUGAAGGCAGCUGUCGUUCAGGUACUUCUUCCCUCGCUGCUCGAGACGAGUAGUGCCGAUACACAGACAUUGGAGGUAGUACUUCAAUCAGCAGCAUCAAAUGGAUCAGCGAUAGACUUUACAGAGGUACCGACCUUACUGGAAGGCCAUCUAAACAUGACGGCCAUUAUUUCUUGUCUCAUGAAGUAUGGUCUCGAUAUAAACCUUCAAAAGGGCGUGAUGAUACGGUUUGCCGUGGAGGAGAGCAACGUCCCCCUGUUGAAGACUUUGCUCUCCGCUAAUACAACUACCACUUCUCUGAAGACUGGCUUCACAGCUACAAACAAGACUAAGCCUCGAGAAACAAGGCUUGAUAUGAUGAGACUCCUCCUCGAUAAGGCUGGCAACGCGGAAAUUGGUCAGUCUGAAGUACUAUACGACGAAACACUGGAGGCUCUAUCGAAGUCAGGAGAUGACAGAGGCUUCAAGAUCCUCCUUGCCCACAAGCCACUGGUCAGCACCAAAUCUCUUGCUAUUGCUGCUGCGUUCUCUUCAAGAUCCACGACCAUUUUGGAGACGCUGCUUUCACGACAGCCAAGCGGGGAAUCUAUCAGCACAGCUUGCAUUGCUGCAUUUAGAUCGCCCAAACUAAAUCACGAUCAGAAGGAAUCUGUCCUAGGGCUAUUACUAGAUGCCAAGCCAGGGCUCACAAAGAAUGAAAUUGCUAGCCUACUGCGUACCAUGGUAGAACAACAUGGGAACUCUACGCUAGUUCCGCUGAUGCUCAUUAAACGUGGUGUAGAAGUCACGGCGGGUCACCUCCAGGCGACUCUCACCACAAGCAACAAAGAAUUGUUCACACUACUAGUUCGCGAAGUAGAGCCUACCAGCGCCUUAAAUACGUGCUUUGCUCAAGCAGUAUCUUCCACUAUGACGGUCGACAGGCGUCUCUGGAUUUACGAAGCCUUGCUCAACAACGGAAGUUUUUCAACUACUGCUGUCUCAGCAGCAAUCGUCAUAGCACUCAACGAGGGGACUACCGACGUGGAGCUAGUAAAACUGUUGCUCAAACAUGGUGCUGAUGUGAAGCUGAAGGAAUUCCUCCCUCUAAAAUUGGCUUUCAAACUCAAAUCAACUGAGAUUACCGAGUUGCUCAUCCAAUCUAUCAGGGAUGACAAUACCGCUGCUGCAGCGUUCGACUUGGUACGAACCUCGACGGUGCUGAGGCCAGCAUUCAGAGUCAAGGUAUAUACUAGUCUUCUCAAACACAACAUCACCAAGGACAAACUCACACUAGCUCUCAUCGACACGUUGAAAAAUGUCCAGGACCUAGAUACCAUGAAACUGCUCCUUGAGCGAGGAGCUAACCCGAGUGCAGACGGCGCCAAGUGUUUUGUCCUAGCUUGCAAAGCGGGAAAUGAAGCCGCCCUCAGAGUCAUGUGUCCAUAUGCGAAUGUUGAUACCGUGACUCUAGCUCUGAUUGAGCACUGCGCCAAGGAGAAGGAGGUUCUCACAUGGCUGAAGAUUUGCAUGGCCGAAUUACGCAAAGCUCGUCUAAAAGACUCGAACCUUCUGUACAAGGCUAUGACCAAGUUCCCUGCGGGAGGGGCUUUGGUAGAAAAGCUGCUGCACUACGGGGUGUCAGCGGGGACGAUGAAAUCGGCUUCUUUAUGCAAACAGUGGAAACGUGAGCCGCUUACACCUUUGCUUUGGGGACUCAUGUCGAACUUGAAGAUAUCAAACAGAAUCCUGUUAGCUCUGGUAGCCAAGGGGGAUGAUGCAAUUUUGUUGUACUCAACACCCAGUUCCCAGGUAUCAGCUGCAUUCGCCUGCAUGCUCGACCCCAACCGCAAUUCCGUUCUCGAAUCUCUCCUCAAACUACACGGUGAAGACAUAAAAACGUCUGUUAUUCCAGGACGUUCAUUCUCAUACCUAAGCCAGAAGCCCAAAACACCCGAUCCCGCCAAAUUCAUGACUCAAGACCUGCCUUUAAGCAAUGCGGCCCUUUAUCUAGGCAACCUAAAAGCCUACAUUUCCCUAGGUGGCGGUAAAGAUGUAAACAAUGGGUCACUACACACAGCUGCUUUGCUCGCGCUACCAGAAUUUGUCCGGUGGCUUCUACAAUGGCACAGCGCAGAUCUCGAACACGAGGCUUUUGGAAUGAUGAUUCCCCUCGUGGUAGCGUGUCGCUCUGAGACACGGCCGUGGUGUAGGGUUGCCAACGAUGAGGGUACUUUUGAGAAGCGGAGGGUAAAAACAAUGCAGCUGCUUGCCAGAAAGACGGAUCUGUCUUGGCGCAAUCGAAGAAAGACAGUGCUGCAUUUCGCGAUAGAUGAAGGACCGGAUGCGCUGCAAGCUAUGCUAGAGGGCCUUGAUGUAGCGCAUGAUGCGCGACGUAAUGAGCGGUAUCUUUAUACGGACCGGGAAGGCAUCGUAUACUCCCUCAGCUACUACAUCGUCAAUCUCCUGGAUCCUGAUAAUAAGAAUACUGAGACCCCGAAAAUGAUCAAAUUGCUGCGCGGCACUGGUAAGUUGAAGGAUAUUAUGUACCGGCCUGAGGAACCAGGUCCUGGGGUUGAACAGCCGAUUGGGUAUUGUGGGAUGCCGCCAGACUUGCAGAGGAAGUGGGAUGAAUAUAAUAAAUAUGAUUCUAUCUAUUAG